GUGCUGCGUCAAGGCGUUGACCCUGCCCGCAGUGGUCAUCAUUUACAGCGAGUUCACAGCACCCUCUCCGCUGCCACGAACAUCACCACGCUGUCGUUUCCCUUCACGAUGGCCAACAGCAGCGGCGGCGGGUACACCAUUCCCACGGGGACCCUGAGCAUCCUUCCCAUCGCGGCGAACGCCCAGCUGCCGACCAUCACGACAACGGCCAGUGGCUACGAGCCCAAUGACGUCAUCACCACGAUCCCCGUCUCGCUCUCCAUUCAGCGCUUCCCCUCGUCCCUGUCCAUCGUGGACCUGGCCCAGGAGCAGGACGGCUACAGCAACAGUGGCUCCAGCAACGGCAUGACCGUGGGGCCGGGUGCGGGCGGCGGCGGCGGCAUCACCACCACGGCCCUCCUGUCCGUGAAGCCCCUGAACGGCAGCGGCAACGGCAACAUUUCGCGGAACAACAGCUUCAGUCUGAGCUUUAACCUGCAGGACCUCACAGUGCGCUCCUCGGUGCGUUCGGCAGGAGCCCCCACAGUGGAUACAAUGGACAACUCUUCAUCCGGUGGCACGAUCGCCCUGCCCCAGAGCGGCGCCACGGCAACGGCAACGGCCACGAGUGCUACCUCAACCCUCGCCAAACACAGUCCCGACAGGAGAGGUCUAUGUCUGAGCGGAGGAACAGGACACCUAUUCCGACCCAUCCACUGGAUUAUAGCUUUCGUCGUAGGUUUAAUCACCCCCUUCCAGAACCACUGA